CCCUCUCCUCCUCCACCGCCGCCCCGGCCGCCCUGCCGUGCCCCGAACCGCCCGCGCCUCGGGGCGCGGCCCCUCGGCCCACGGCGCUGGCGGCGCGGUCGGGACGGGAGCGAUGUGGCGCAUGCGUGGUAGCGCCACUAGGCGCGGGAGUUGCGGCGGCGGGGGCGGCGGCGGGCCAAGCCGCCCGGGCCGGGUUCGUGGGGGCGGCGGCAGCAGCGACAGCGUGGGCUGGCGAGGCCGUGCGGCUGGCGCCCCACAGCAGCUGGAGGAGCGGUUUGCCGACCUGGCGGCGAGCCACCUGGAGGCCGUCCGCGCGCGGGACGAGCGGGAGCGGCAGAACGCGCGGCUGCGCGAGGAGAACGCCCGACUGCGGCUCGAGAACCGGAGGCUGAAGCGCGAGAACCGCAGCCUCUUCCGUCAGGCUUUGCGGCUCCCCGGCGAAGACGCCGACGGGGCGGCCGCGGAGGCAAACCCAGGCCCCGAGGAGGCCAGCGCGAACCGCGGGGCGAGAGGCAGCGGCCGUGAGGACGAGCCGGGCAGCCCCGGGGCCCUGAGGGCCCGGCUUGAGAAGCUGGAGGCCAUGUACCGCCGGGCUCUGCUGCAGCUGCACCUCGAGCAGCGGGGGCCGCGCCCCCGAGGGGACCGGGAGGAGCAGCCUCUGCGGGAGCCCGACUCAGGCCUCCAUGCCUGGGACCCGGAGCCCUCUGGGCCCUGGUCGUAGCCAAGGCCGCCGCGGGGGAGAGGCGGGGCCUCGUGCGGGCCCCUCCUCCUCCGUUGAGCGGCUCCCCCCACCUCGCCCAGGCCCGGGCCGCCAGGCGGGCGGAAACUUCGGACCGUGGUGCUCCCCCGCCUCCUGUCCCGCCCGCGGACACUUCCGCCUGGUGCUUCACGCUCUGCCCCGCUCAGGUUGAGAGGCUGCCCGGGCCCGCGGAAGCCCCCACGUGCGCCGAGCACCUGCCUCUUGCCCCUGCCGGAUGCCAGGGAGAGAGGCCUAGCAACGGAGGGGAGGGUUUUAAAACAGCAAGAACUGGGUGCCAGUAAACACUCCUAAUUCCUGAACCUUUCUGGUGUUGUCAGGAUCUGUUGUGUGUGUGUUUUUUCUCUCUUUUUUUUUUUUGAGGGAUGAGUAAUGCGCUUUGAGUUAGUUGAGUUCGUUGUACAUUCUUCAAUCCCCUAAAGCCUUCAGCUAUUAUCUCUUAUGUGGCCAACAUUUCAAAUACAGUAUUUGUUUUUAUAAAUCGGCAUUACUUGGAUGUCCUAUAAAGUACUCCAUUUUUAUAAAGAAGAGAAGAAUAUAUAUAACCUAGGAACUCACGUGUACCCCUACCUCCAGUCCAUAUGCAUCUAAUACAUACUGAUUCGUUUAACCCCCAGAAAAUUUUUAAAGUAUCUGCCUAUAGGUGAUCCUUUGAAAUAGUAAAUAAAUCUGGUGCGUUAAAAAUAAGCUAAAAGUUUCCCACGCCUAUUAUUUUAAGUGUGUUAAAUUU